UCCUUUGAUCAUUUAAUACUCCAUAUUUAGACAUAGGCAUUUAUCUGUGUUUUUAUAUUUCCUGUGCUUUGAUUUUGGUUAUUAUGUCAUUAAUUUACUGAUACGCACUAUCUUGAUAUAUAAUAAUUUAGACGUCGUCUUAAGGAAUUUUAAUUCGUCGCUAGCAGCCGCCGUUGAUAUUAUUGCCUAAAAUGUCUACAGCCGGUAAAGUAAUUAAGUGUAAAGCAGCUGUCGCCUGGGAGGCCGGGAAACCAUUGUCCAUCGAAGAGGUUGAAGUAGACCCGCCCAGAGCAGGCGAGGUUCGUGUUAAAAUAACCGCUACCGGCGUUUGUCAUACUGAUUCCUAUACUCUAUCCGGAAAGGAUCCAGAAGGUGUUUUCCCAGUUAUUUUGGGCCACGAAGGCGCCGGUAUCGUUGAAAGUAUUGGAGAAGGCGUCACGUCAGUCAAACCAGGCGAUCACGUUAUCCCCCUGUACGUUCCGCAGUGCAAAACUUGCAAAUUCUGCCUUAAUCCUAAAACGAAUCUAUGUCAGAAAGUACGAGCGACACAAGGACAAGGCUUGAUGCCCGAUGGUACGAAAAGGUUUCGCUGCAGAGGGCAGGAACUAUAUCAUUUCAUGGGAUGUUCAACAUUCAGUGAAUACACUGUAGUUUUAGAAAUAUCCAUUUGCAAAGUGGUAGAAACGGCGCCAUUGGAUAAGGUGUGCCUGCUAGGUUGCGGUAUCCCAACUGGGUAUGGAGCAGCCUUGAACACCGCCCAAGUAGAACCAGGUUCGAACUGUGCCAUCUUUGGGCUUGGGGCAGUUGGUCUUGCCGUGGCUCUGGGCUGCAGGGCAGCAGGUGCUAAACGCAUUAUUGGUGUGGACAUCAACCCUGAUAAGUAUGAAAUUGCAAAGAAGUUUGGUGUCAAUGAGUUUGUGAAUCCUAAGGAUCAUGAAAGGCCAAUCCAGCAAGUUUUAGUUGAUCUAACUGAUGGUGGAUUAGAUUAUACAUUUGAAUGUAUUGGCAAUGUGAACACCAUGAGAGCUGCAUUGGAGGCAUGCCAUAAGGGCUGGGGUGUAUCUGUUAUUAUUGGAGUGGCAGCCGCUGGAGAGGAGAUCAGCACUCGCCCAUUCCAGCUUGUGACAGGGCGUACAUGGAAAGGAACAGCCUUCGGUGGCUACAAGAGUCGCGACAGUGUGCCCAAACUGGUCAAUGAGUACAUCAACAAAAAACUACCAAUAAAUGACUUUGUCACGCACAAUGUGCCCCUGAAAGAAAUCAACGAGGCAUUCCAUUUGAUGCAUUCUGGAAAAGCUAUCAGAGCUGUGGUGCAUUUCUAAAUAUAAGAAUACAUGUUUUUGCUACAUAUUGUUAUAACAUUCGAAGUCUGGAGUUAUAUUUUAAUAGGAAAUAAAUUAUUUUCAUA